UGUCUAAAUCGGAUUACAGUACUCUCAUAAUAAGCUAUAAAUAGCCUCGUUUUCAGAUCCCAAAUUCCUCUUUAAAAAAAAAAAAUGAUGUCACCAAAGCCAAUCUCAGAGGAUCGAGGAUCGCCUCAUUUCAGGCACACUCCUCUGCAGAUAAUUCACAUUAUUGGGAACUUCUUGAGAAUAUGGUCAGUUUACUCCAUGUAUCGUUACCUGACCCAGACAGGGGCUUCAGUGGUACUUUUUAUCUUCAGUUGUCUUGUUCCCUCAUCUAUCAUAUUUUUACUCUUGCAAAAGCCUUGGAAGGGAAGACCACUCUCAAAUACACAGGUUGUUCCUUCUGUAAUAAAUGGUGCAAUAACAGCUUUAUACUUCAUCUUGUGGGGAAAGGGCCUUAAAUCAUGCGGACCACUGAGGGCUAUAUUGGCAGAGUAUUCUGGUGCUGUUCUUGGAGUGUUAUCUGCAGUAUUAUAUGGUCAAAGAGGCCAUGUCUGGAAAAAGGUUGGUGGGCUUAUCGCAAUGUUGGCAUCUUUUUAUUUCUUAUCUCAAGGCUGGGCGUUGGCAACAUUUUCUCCAUUCUCAUUCAUAGACAGCCUCGAUUCUGAGGUUCAGACAGAACAUGUAUUGGGUAUGAGUCAAAUGACAGUUCCCAUCUUGGCUGGGAUCUUAUCAGCUCUGAGAAGGGUGAUUGCAAGGCGGCUUUCUCUCAAGAAUCAACUUAAAAGGCGGCUUCAUGCAAUAACCAUUGCUUCUGCAACAUGUUUUCUAUUCCCUGUGGCCAUGUGGGACUUGAUCAUAGGAACUUCUGAUAGCACUGUGGAACUGCCAUUUUCUGCCUGGGCUUUUCUGAGUACUAUUUUCUUUGGAAUAAUUUUGAUAUUCUACAUCGACAGCAUUGCGGAGGAGAAGUUGCACAUGGUUUUCUCUUCUCCAAGGCAUUUAAUGGCGGCUGGAGGAUGCAUAAUUGUCAUGGAGCUUGCAUACAAAAUGGACUUUUCCCUAGCUGGCUUUGUAAUUUGCUCCUUGAUAUUGGGCUUUGGGAUAUAUGAGGCGACUGCCUUGGAACGUGGUCGGAGAGAUUCCUUUCAAAAGCCAGAAGUAUCAAAUGGGAUAUUAGACGAUGAACUUGAGAUGUCUUCUCUUCCAACUUAAUGUGUGUAAUUCUGCCAGGUAUUCCCUGCCCAAAUUCUUUUUUGUCAAAAUGGUACAACAUCUGAGCCAACCGGUUGAAAUGCUAAAGCAAGAUUUGAUAGUUUGGACCCCAAGUGUGGCAUUUAACAAGAUCCAUUACGUUGUAAAAUUGUUUCAAAUGUUACCUCCUGCUUAUAGUUUACGACUACCCACCAGAAAGAUUAUGCUUGUACUGGCCCAUGAAGGGUUUUACAGGUAACUUCUGUAGCUUAAAUUUAAUUUUUGAUCAAUUAAAACUUUUGUUGUUGGAGAUUGAUCUGUAUUUUUUUUCAUCCCAAAUGCCUUUUGCUAAUAAACAAAAAUGUGCUGUUGUUAUAAUCUGUUUGAUAGAUAUUACUUUUCUUUUGAAUUUUGAUGUAUAUGUAAUUCAUUUAUGAAUGUUUUUGACUGUUGGUUUAGUGAGAUGUAAAUGAUUGGGUGUAGCCGGCAAAGAAACGACUACAGGGGGCUUGUAUGAAUCUGUUUUGCGAUCUUUAUAUGUUCAUAUACUUGGCAGUGAUAAAAAUAUACGAUCCAAAUUGUCGGUAUAUGAUCUUUGUUCAUCUUGAAAGAUUGGUCUUUUGGAAACGCUGGUGAUUUUUUUUCCUAUCAUUGUUGUUUGAGAUGUCUGUUUC